AUGAUAAUAUUAUUCAGAAUUGUUUUGAUUAUAAUUAAUUGUUAUCUAAUAUUAAACUUUAUAAACUGUCACUUGUUAUAAAUAUUAAUUCGAAUGAUGAAUAAUACUACAGAAUACCCAUCUUAGAUUACUGAGACCAUUCAAGGAAUCACUUUUUCAAGUGCAUUUGAUUCUGGGAAUCUAAAGAGUGUUCGCAAAGAAAAUAGUGGAAGAGUACUAAAAUUAUAACAUUAUUAAGUUCAUCCUUAAUAUAUCAAGUGAUUGGGGAAUAAAUGGUAAAACAACUAAUUAUAGAACAUGGUUUUACUUCUCAGUGUCUGGAGUGAAUGAAGGAGAACUUACAUUUGUUAUUGCAAAUCUGCAAAACUAAGUAACUAAUUACAUCUUCAUGAUAGAUGGGACUUUUCAAAGAUGGUAUGCAGCCAGUCUUUAGAAAUUGUAAUUCUUCAUAAUGGGAAAGAUUAAAAUAGCCAUGCUAAUAUCGCUUAGUUCCAGAAGGUCAUUUUGAAAUAACUUUUAGACAUAAUUUCCUUAAUGAUUCAACAGUUUAUUUUGCUUUUUUCUACCCUUGGAGUUGUGAAGAUAAUGAUGUAUUAAAACUAAAUAGUUAUAGAAUUUUCUAUAACUAUGUUAAGCCAUGUCUCUUUAAGUACCAGACAUAUAUUAUGAUAAUUCAGUACUGGCUUACUCAAAAGAGGGUAGACCUAUUAAUCUAAUUACAAUAACUAAUGGAUCAUCUUAAAUUAAGGAGGAAUCUAUACCAGGAUUAUUCCCUUAAAGUAGACCUUUUUAAUUCAAAAAACCACACAUUUUUAUAUCUGCUAGAGUUCAUCCAGGGGAAGUGCCAGGAUCUUUUGUUAAUAAUGGAUUAAUGAAAUAUUUACUAAACGCAUAUGAUCCUGUUGUAUAGGUGGCAAGAGAAAAGUUUGUUUGGUGUAUCGUACCUAUUAUAAACCCUGAUGGUGUGUAUAGGGGACAUUAUAGGACUGAUUCAUUAUGUUAAAAUCUGAAUAGAUAUUAUUUAUCACCUUCUAAGGAGGAUCAUCCAACAAUUUAUGCUAUAAAAGAAUAUAUAAUGAGACUUCAAAAUACAGAUAGAUUUUAUGGAUAUAUUGAUUUACAUGCUCAUGCUGGUCAUAAGGGAGUAUUUAUUUAUGGAAAUUAAUUACCAUCAUUAAGUUAACAUACAUCAAAUUGCAUAAUACCAAGAUUAAUUAGUUUGUAUUCAGAGAUCUUUGAUUAUGAUGCAUGUAAUUUUACUGAAAAAAAUAUGUAUGCUGCAGAUAAAGGAGAUGGAUUAAGUAAGGAAGGUUCUGGAAGAGUAGCUUUUUAUAAGAUUUGUGGCAUUCUUCAUAGUUACACUCUAGAAUGUAAUUAUAAUACAGGAAGAAUUACUAAUAUCAUGUAUGAAGAAAGUGGAAGUAAAAUUUAUAUUAAAAAAUAAGAUAAUUCAUACACAGAUGAUUAAUUAGAUGAAAAUAUUAUAUUGGGAUCUGUCUAAACAUCAAAUCCAAAGUCUUAUUUUUUUACAAUUUAAGAUUACGAAUAAGUAGGUGUUGGUAUAGUAAAUGCAUUUUUAGACUUCAAUCUUAUAAAUCCUAUGAGUAGAUUAUCAGCAUCUCCUUUUAAGACUUUAGCUAAUUUAAGAUCAUUUUUAGCUUAUAAUAUAAUGAGAACUAUGCAUUACAGAUUUGAACCAUAUUUAAGGAAGGUUUUAAAGUAAAUUAAUAAUUUUUUAUUUAGGUUUAUAAAUAACAAAGAAUAAUUGAAUAGAGUUUUGAAAGCAUUUUAUGAAUAUAUAUGUAAUGGAUAGAUAAAAGAUAAUUUAGAAGGUAAUUUAGAUGUUGUUGUAUAAAAACCAUUGACAAAAUAUUAAAAGGCUUAAGAAAUAAAGAAAGAAAAAAAACAGCAAUAAUAAGAAUAAUAAUAAUAAUAAUAAUAAUAAUAAUAAUAAUAAUAAUNAUGAUAAUUCAGUACUGGCUUACUCAAAAGAGGGUAGACCUAUUAAUCUAAUUACAAUAACUAAUGGAUCAUCUUAAAUUAAGGAGGAAUCUAUACCAGGAUUAUUCCCUUAAAGUAGACCUUUUUAAUUCAAAAAACCACACAUUUUUAUAUCUGCUAGAGUUCAUCCAGGGGAAGUGCCAGGAUCUUUUGUUAAUAAUGGAUUAAUGAAAUAUUUACUAAACGCAUAUGAUCCUGUUGUAUAGGUGGCAAGAGAAAAGUUUGUUUGGUGUAUCGUACCUAUUAUAAACCCUGAUGGUGUGUAUAGGGGACAUUAUAGGACUGAUUCAUUAUGUUAAAAUCUGAAUAGAUAUUAUUUAUCACCUUCUAAGGAGGAUCAUCCAACAAUUUAUGCUAUAAAAGAAUAUAUAAUGAGACUUCAAAAUACAGAUAGAUUUUAUGGAUAUAUUGAUUUACAUGCUCAUGCUGGUCAUAAGGGAGUAUUUAUUUAUGGAAAUUAAUUACCAUCAUUAAGUUAACAUACAUCAAAUUGCAUAAUACCAAGAUUAAUUAGUUUGUAUUCAGAGAUCUUUGAUUAUGAUGCAUGUAAUUUUACUGAAAAAAAUAUGUAUGCUGCAGAUAAAGGAGAUGGAUUAAGUAAGGAAGGUUCUGGAAGAGUAGCUUUUUAUAAGAUUUGUGGCAUUCUUCAUAGUUACACUCUAGAAUGUAAUUAUAAUACAGGAAGAAUUACUAAUAUCAUGUAUGAAGAAAGUGGAAGUAAAAUUUAUAUUAAAAAAUAAGAUAAUUCAUACACAGAUGAUUAAUUAGAUGAAAAUAUUAUAUUGGGAUCUGUCUAAACAUCAAAUCCAAAGUCUUAUUUUUUUACAAUUUAAGAUUACGAAUAAGUAGGUGUUGGUAUAGUAAAUGCAUUUUUAGACUUCAAUCUUAUAAAUCCUAUGAGUAGAUUAUCAGCAUCUCCUUUUAAGACUUUAGCUAAUUUAAGAUCAUUUUUAGCUUAUAAUAUAAUGAGAACUAUGCAUUACAGAUUUGAACCAUAUUUAAGGAAGGUUUUAAAGUAAAUUAAUAAUUUUUUAUUUAGGUUUAUAAAUAACAAAGAAUAAUUGAAUAGAGUUUUGAAAGCAUUUUAUGAAUAUAUAUGUAAUGGAUAGAUAAAAGAUAAUUUAGAAGGUAAUUUAGAUGUUGUUGUAUAAAAACCAUUGACAAAAUAUUAAAAGGCUUAAGAAAUAAAGAAAGAAAAAAAACAGCAAUAAUAAGAAUAAUAAUAAUAAUAAUAAUAAUAAUAAUAAUAAUAAUAAUAAUAAUAAUAAUAAUAAUAAUAAUAAAAGUAAUAAUUCAGAAGAUCUUAGUAUGAAUAAGUUCCAGUUAAGUAAUAUCCAUUCUCAGAAGUUGAUUUAGAUGCUAGAUAAAUGAGAACAUAAAGUUAAGGCAAAGCACGAACUAAAUCAGAAACAAAAAAAUAAUAAUAAGUGCAGUAAUAAUAAUAAUAAAAAGUAUAAAGGGCAUUUAAAAUUAAAAGAAAUGUGAAAAUAUGA